UUCUCUCGCGCGCACGGGACAAAUCAGUCGUCGUCAUGGCAUCAAUCAGUGUAGUUGGGGUUUCAGUGUGCUGCCUUUUGGCAGCGCUCUCACCUGCCUUAGUGCAGGCCGAGAUGGCCCGGUACGACAAUUACCGCGUUUACAAGCUAAACAUCGAGAGUGUGGAACAGCUUCAGCUGCUGCAGCUCAUCGAACAUCACUCGGAUGGGUACACCUUCCUUAGCGAUCCGGUGAACCUGAACACUACCGUUAAGCUUGUCGUUGCUCCCCACAAGGCGGCAGAAUUCGGAGAGUUCAAUCAACGGUUCUCGUUGAACGCUGAAGUUGCGUUCGAGAAUCUGCAGGCGUUAAUCGAUCGACAGCUGCGUGGACGGAGGGAAACGUUCGGCUGGACCGCUUACCACACGCUGGAGGAUAUUUACACAUGGCUGGACACGCUGAUUGAGCAGUACCCGGACGUGGUCAGCCCGAUAGUGGCCGGGGAGAGCUAUGAAGGCCGUGAGAUUCGUGGUGUGAAGGUGUCGUACAAGCAGGGCAACCCGGCCGUCUUUAUGGAAGGCACUAUUCACGCACGGGAGUGGAUCAGUGCCGCUACAGUGACUUGGAUACUGAACGCGCUGCUUACAUCGGAAGAUUUGGCGGUUAGAAACAUUGCCGAGAACUAUGACUGGUAUGUGGUUCCGGUGGCGAAUCCGGAUGGAUACGUGUACACACACACUACUACGCGUUUGUGGCGCAAAACACGCUCGCGUCAGAAUGUCCUUUGCUACGGCGCGGAUCCUAACCGCAAUUGGGACUACAAGUUUAACCAGGGAGGAACCUCAACGAUUCCCUGCUCCGAUACCUUCUCUGGGCCAUCGCCAUUUUCGGAAAUCGAGACUCGCACACUGUCAGAGUACAUUCGCUCCAUUCCCAACCUGUCGACCUAUCUGGACUUCCAUGCGUCUGGUCAGCUGCUCAUGAUACCAUACGGCCACACAACAGAGCCACUAGAUAACUACUACGAACUGAUGGAAAUUGGAACAAAGGCCGCUGCAAAGCUGCAGGAGCGUCACGGUAGCAUCUAUAAGGUUGGAAACAUUGCCGAGAUUAUCUAUGUUGCCUCUGGUAGCAGUUUGGACUGGGUGAAGGGAACUCUUCAAACUCCGCUAACCUUUGCCUACGAGCUACGAGAUACUGGCGAGUAUGGAUUCCUACUACCUCCGGAGCAGAUCAUCCCCACGGCAGAAGAAACGCUGGACUCGGUCAUCGUGAUCUUGGAGGAAGGCAAAGCAAUGGGCAUGAGAUGUCCUCUGGACAACGUCUUUACAAUGAAGCUGCUUCUAGUGUGUCUUGCCAUUGCGCUUUUCGGUGCCACCGUGGCCGAAAAGGCACGGUAUGACAACUACCGUGUAUACCGGAUCCGUGUUCAGACCGAUCGGCAGCUGGAGCUACUGCAAGCCAUCGAACAGUAUCCCGAUGGUUACACGUUCUGGAACGAACCGACCAAGGUUGGCACGGAAGUGCUGCUUGUAGUGCCUCCGCACAAGCGUGGCCAUUUCUCGGACAUUCGUGCGCAAUACGCACUGCGGGCCGUGCUGCAGACCGCUAACCUGCAGGAACAGAUCGACCAGGAAUCGCGUCCCUCUCUGCGCAAGGAAACGUUCGGCUGGACGGCGUACUACCGGACCGAUGCCAUCUACGCAUGGUUGGACAGUUUGGUGGCUAGUUACCCGAGCGUGGUUACCCCACUGAACAUUGGCAACAGCUUCGAGGGAAGGCCGAUCAAGGGAGUGAAAGUGUCUUACAAGGCGGGCAACAAGGCCGUCUUUAUGGAGGGAUUGAUCCACGCUCGAGAAUGGGUCAGCGGAGCCACGGUGACGUGGGUGCUGAAUGAGCUGCUCACCUCCAGCGAUCCGAAGGUGCGUCAAAUUGCGGAGAACUACGAUUGGUACUUCUUCCCGGUGACGAACCCGGACGGUUACGAGUACACGCACACGACCGAUCGUCAGUGGCGUAAGACGCGAUCUCAAUCGAGCGUUCUUUGCCGUGGAGCAGAUCCCAACCGGAACUGGGCGUACAAUUUCAUGCAGGGUGGUGCAUCUAGUGUACCCUGCUCCGAUACGUUCGCUGGUGCGAGUCCCUUCUCGGAGAUCGAAACCCGUCAGCUGUCCGACUUUAUCGCAACCCUGGACAACUUAAGCACCUAUCUUGCGUUCCAUUCGUUUUCGCAGCUACUUCUCGUCCCGUACGGACACACUACGGCACGGCUCGAUAACUACGAUGAAACGAUUGCAAUUGGUACAAAGGCGAUCAACAAACUGCGGGAGCGCUACGGCACGACCUACAACAUUGGAAACAUUGCCGAAGCGAUCUAUGUAGCCUCUGGAGGUAGUAUCGAUUGGGUGAAGGGAGUACUCCGCACUCCGCUAGUCUACGCGUACGAGCUGCGCGAUCUUGGACGGUUUGGAUUUGUGCUGCCACCGGAACAGAUCAUCCCGACGGCUGAGGAAACGCUCGAUUCAAUCAUUGUGAUUCUCGAAGAAGGUGCAAACUAUGGCUAUCAUUAACCGCAGCAAUGAAACAUGUUAGUCUUCUUUGUUAACUUUAGACCUUGAAAACAGCUUGCGCUAUGAAAACCGCUUCUUCUUCCAAUAAAUCCUGAAUGGAGAAAAUA